AUGGAGCGAGACGACAUACUCAAAGCGCUCGACGACUUCAUCGGGGAAGAAUACGAUCCGGCCAACCCGGCCAUGGACCCGGAUUGGUGCACCGCUCACGCGGGGCAGCCAUGGCCACCACCGCAGCCACCGCCAGACAACGGGCUCAACGCAACACCGGCCCGUAAAAACCCGCCAGUCAUCGGAUGCGUCAUCCAAGCCUCCGACCGACAGCGACGGGAGAAACUCGCUUGGCUCACCGCCACGCCACCGCCACCACCACCUACGCGGAGAGCAGUGGGUCCUCCGAGGGUCGCCCAGCCACGCUCGGAGACAGCAACAGCCAGAGCCGUGGGACCAUUACCGCCGCCACCCAUACCUGUCGAGGUAGAGCCGGGACACGUGGUCAACGUACCACAUUUCUCCGCGCACGUGUCUCGACAAUACAAGACGCGCUCAGGAGGCACGAAGUGGCAUAUCCGCUUCAACGGAAACGGAACUGUGAGGUCCGUGAAGCGAAAGUAA